UCCCAUCUUCAUUGCACUACACUACAAAAAUGGGAUUCAAUAAGUUCUACUUGGUCCUAGCGGUAUGCUGCUUUAUGGGACAAUCAUUAACCAAAGUCCAUUCCUAUCCAAGAAGCAACCCGAACCAGGAUUUCGUGGACGCUCACAAUGCCGCUCGAGCCGAGGUCGGUGUCGGUCCGAUCACUUGGAACUGGACGGUGGCAGCCUAUGCCCAAAACUACGCGAACCAGAAGAUGGAGAACUGCGAGAUGGAGCACUCAGGUGGACCUUACGGAGAGAACUUGGCGGAAGGUUAUGGUUCGAUGACAGGAGAAGAGGCGGUGAAGUUUUGGGUGACGGAGAAACCCAACUACGACUACCGCACUAAUUCAUGUGUUGGCGACGAGUGCUUGCAUUAUACUCAGGUGGUUUGGAGAAAGUCCGUACACCUAGGGUGUGCCCGGGUCAAGUGUCGUAACGGUUGGAUGUUUGUGAUCUGUAAUUAUGAUCCCCCUGGUAACUAUGAGGGGGAACGUCCAUAUUGAAUGUUGAAUGGUUUUUACUUUUUAUA